AUGGAGGAGUACCUGGAGAGCAUGAAGUCCCUCCGCUCCUACAUGAACGAUCUCGAGGACGACGCCGCGAAGCGGUCUGUGGAGGAGCAGCAGCAGCGUACAGCCAUCGACGCCCACGACGCCGACAUCGCGCUAGUGAGGGCGCAAGCAAAGCAGGCGAGCGAGGAGGCCGAGCAGCUGGGCACAGCGAGGGCAAAGGUAGGCAUGCAGAUGGCCCAGAAGCAGGGACGGAUUGCCACUCUGGAGAUCGAGGGCGCCACACUGAAGCAGACCUUGGAGCUCCUCCAUCAGGAAACUGCAAGUACUUUUGUGAAACUCAGUGAGAAAAGAUUGUUCUACAAAAAGACAACAGAAACCUUGACUGUCAAACUACAGGAGCAACAGGAAUGGCUUAGUAUGAAGAAUAAGAUUACUAUAAAGGAGCCACAUGUUGCCAAAUCUCAGAGCAAGCAAAACUUCAUUGAAGGGGAGAAACAUGUCAUGUUUAACUCAGUAGGGAGCCUGGAUAAGUUUGAAAGUGAUCCUCAGAACAAGCACAGGAAACUCUACACUCAACUGGUGUCAGCUCAGCUCAAGAUACAAGACAUCAAAUCACAGAGAUCAGCGCUUCUUUUAGAAAUCAGCAAAAUCAAGCAGAUUCUAGAGCAAGAGAAAAACAUAAUUGCUGGCUUUCCUGCUGCACUACAGCAGAUGGAUAUGAAGUCCUUGGAGGAGGAAUACAAAGCACUGCAAGGUGAUAAAUCUGGGGAAGUUGAGUACUUCCAGACUCUUGAUGAAACAAUUAAUGGGAUGAAGGGGAUUUCGGAUCCUGUCAAAUGCCGUUGCGGACUGGAGUACAAUGUAAAACUUGUUGGCGAAGCCAUGGAUAUAAGCUAA